CGUCCGAUUCCCCGUUUCCUCCGCGCCAGCCCUUCCGAUGCUCUGCCUCGCUCGCUCCCCACCCUAGCAGUCAUUACCGACCCGCGGCGGCGGCGAGCACGUGCGAGGCUGCGACGGCGAGGAGCUUUGCGCGCGAGGCGAGCUACGCGCGGGACGCAACGGCGACGUCAAUCUGCGCCCGGGACACCGCGGCGGCUGGCGAGCACGUGCGAGGCGCGGGCAGAUGAUGCUGAAUGGGAGAGGAGGGAUGCUGCGCAAUGCUGUGACUCCGUUCGGGAAGCUGUUCAAUCGGAACGCCGCAUGUUCAUGUGCACGCACGCCCAAGUUAUUCAUCGGCGGUCUUUCUUACGAUACAAAUGAAACAGCUCUCAAGGAUGCUUUCUCUCAACAUGGCGAUGUUAUUGCAGUGAAGGUGAUAUGCCAUCCGACAACGGGGAAGUCGAAAGGAUUUGGUUUCGUUACAUUUUCUUCGGAAGACGAAGCUGCUGCAGCAGUGCAGAAGAUGAACGGUGCUUGAUGGAAGGACCAUUCGGGUGCAGUACUCAGACAGUGGGCGAUCUGACACUACCGAUUUAGAUGCAUAAUUGCAUUUUCCUUGCCGUGUCUCCAGCAACGCAUUUUUCAUCAACAUCCUCCAGUUAGUGACAAGGCAGUCCAAGGCAAUAGUCAGAUCACCCAUCUUCUCAAGCCCUCGACAAUGUAAGUGGCAUAGAGAUCCCUGUUAAGCAAAGCGGCACCACAUGAGCUCCAUGCAGGUCACUUGAAAUAGUUAACUACUCAUGCCUCGACUUGAACUUAUUGACAGUCACAACUCAUACCUGAGAAUCAAAACUCAUAUGAAAUGGCUUUUGAGGCAACGACUAUGUAGCAGAGUUUUAGUUUUUGUUGCCAAGAAUGAGAUUGAUAUGAUUUUAUAGAAGGAACAGAGGCACUAAUGCCCAAUUUCCCUUUCCCCCCCCCAUUGAUCGGCUCGCUGGGAGGGGGAUGACAUUGACUGAGAAAGUAGGCAGACCAAGCAAGCCUUCUCAGUGAACACAAGACAAUAUCAACUAUAGCAUGUUGCUGAGGCAGUUAAAUUAAGCACCAAUUUUCAGCAUCGUAACAUAUUGCAGACUAGGUACGUAUAAUCUGAAUAUCUUAUCCAAAGACAAAUUUAUCAACAAAGUUAUGGUCAGCUAUA